AUGGCCAUAUUUGCAACACUCCCACAAUGCCUUGUUUAUGCACAGGUUGCCAUGCAAACUUGUAUCAUGACUAUACCAACAACUGAUCAAAACUUUAACCAGCACCAGGGUCACUUUAAUCCUCAGGCCUGUAUGCAACAGGUAAAUCACCAUGGAAAUCAUGGUGACCACCACCACCACCACCACCACCACCACUACCACCAACAACAACCACAACCACAACAACAACAACAACAACAACAACAUCAAGAGAUGUAUGAUUUUUCAAAAGUCGAUUUGGAUAACAGUACUCCUGCAAGCUUUUUUAAUGCAUCCCUCCCUGCCAUUGUACCAGAGACGACACCUGGCAGCUACUCAAACACCGAGGAUUGGUCGAUAGCAGAUGAAUUCUCUUUCCUGCCAUUUCACCCUGGAAAUCUAAUAGAGGAAGCUGUUGGAAGCAACUCAAACACAACUAGCUUAUCAUCGGGAAGAAAACAAAAACUUGAUGCGUCAGAUAAGCCAUUUAAAUUUCCUCCUAUGAGCAGGCAAGAUAAAGUCCAAAGGUAUUUUGAAAAAAAGAAAACAAGAAAAUACGAGAAGAAAUUAAUGAAAUAUUCUUCAAGGAGAACUUAUGCACAGACUCGGCCUCGAAUACGGGGGAGGUUUGCAAGGAGGUCUCAAGUGGAUGCACAGUGAGAUUUUGCUGAUGAAAAACACAUGCAGCUGUUCAAGUGGACUGCUGUUAAUUAAUUAAUAGCAAUAUAAGAAAGCAUGAGCAAUCAUCAUAUAUAGGUUGCUAGAGCAUGCAAUAUUAUAGUGCACUCCUCUAUGAGAUGCAUAUUUUGUUAUCUUUCUUGAAGGACAUUUAAAAGAGAACCACUUCACUGGAC